AUGGAAUCAAAAAAGUCUGAAUUGGAGUGGAGUUUUUCAUUCUACGAGCAGGAGUAUUUUGACAAUUCAUACUAUGAGGACGAGGAGAAAGCCGAAAAAGAAAAAGAGGAAAACAUAAAGGAAAAAGAGGAAAAGCAGGAGGUAGGAAGGAAAGCAACGGAAACCAACUAUGCUACAAAGUACCUGAAAUCCUAUAAACCAAGAAUAGUCCAGAGUUCGAAACAAUUUUGUAGUCAAAAUUUGUACAAUCCUUUCAUUCUCACAAAGAUGAACUACUUUCAAAGAAAACAAAUCAGAGUACACCAUCAACUAUGCGGGAAAAAAGUUGUUGCUUCUACAAGGGCCAUAUUGCGUAGCCUCGAAAACGCUAGUGGUUCUUGUAAAGAUGUGAUCUUUUGGAAAAAUACUCUUAAAUGGAAUCAGAGAAAGGGAUGCCCUUCCAUGAAUAUUCUAAGCGGAGUUUGCAGCAAAUUAAAUUCGGACAUGGCAGAUUUGAACCUUGAAAGAAAAGCACAUGAAACUUGGUUUACGGUGGGCGUGUCGCAACCAGUUAAAUAUAUCAAUUUUGGUAAACACAGAGCAAAACGAGAAUGA